CGCCGUCAUGCACGAGAUCCCCGCUUGAAAACCUAUUCAUCAGUUCUUAGAGACGCAUACCCUCGGAACUGUAUACACAAGGUAUCCCUUUCGAUAGUUCCCUCUGUCCUCGGCUUCGAAUACCUGCUUUGCUGCUGGUUUCAUUUAUUCCUCUCCAGUACCAUCUACCUCAAUGACCUCCCCUGAACACAGCUGGCGACGACCAGACACAUCGUCCUUUUCAACAGAACAAAGGAGCACUACAACGGAGCUUGGUCAAAAAAUGAAUACCCCUUCUCCACCGCCUUCAGCCCGGGAUCGAUUCGAUAUCGGUUCACUGUCACUUUCGGCGACAAAUCCCUUUUUAGCUGGGGCUGCACGAGAAGUGUCCAUGUCGGCGUUGGGAGGGCGCGGAACGCAUGCGGGUGUCUCUCUAGGCCAGGCAACUACGCCGCAGACAAUGCAUGCCCAGGUUGAACCAUGGUAUCAUAACUCUUCGCAGCCAAAUCUUUCAAGUACGUUCAUGUCAACUAUAUCUAGUGACUCGGGAGCGUCAAGCCCUCCAAAGGCAUCACCUGUUUUCGAUCCAUUUGAUGACACACAUGCUAGUGAGGCAAAUAUCUCUCCCAAAGUGGAAAGAUUAAGCCCGAUGAACAAUGGAGGAAUUGGCGCCGGACCAGCAAGUGCGGCGCGUAUCAGUGAGAUGGCAAAGGGGCUUGAAGUGCAACUUGGGCGAGAUCUUCCUGAGAAAUCAUUUAAUUUUGGAGUGCGAAGGAGUACGGUCGCAGAUAUCCAGACAAUUCAAAAUACGUCAUCCAUUAGCAAAUUGCUAACAAGUGAGGCACGCAGCAUAUCCGCUACUACCUCAAACCUCCCUAGAGGGAGUUCGGCAUUGGCUGCCGAGAACUCCACCGGAGGCGGCGUGAAAGAUCUUGCGCGUGCUUUUGACGGACUCUCGGCUACAGCGGGAACAGGCAGCAAGCCUGUGCAAUCUUCGGUUUUUCAGCCUUCUGGUAAAGCAUUCCCGGGCUGGGUCACUUUCGAGGAGAGUGGUUCAGCAAACAACUCGACCGCUAUAGCUCCUACAGCUGCAAACACGGCAGCAAAGCAGGUGACAGAAAUGCUCCCUUCUGUAAAACCUAUUACUGUCGGUAACAGACCUUUACCGAUCAACACUGUAAACCUGUCCCCUGGUUUUGAAGACUUGCGCAGAACGGCUGGGUCUCAGCCCUUAGGGUUUUCUGCAUCUGCUGGGGCACUUCUUCCACCUCCUCCUGGGAGCAAAAUGUCUCCAAGGCGAACCCGAAACGGUGAGAUAUCAAACACCAGUCCCCUGGAGCUUUAUGACGAGCCUUCAUCAAAUGCAAGCAUACAUCCGUCUAGACUGGCCUCGUCACCCUCUAUAUUAACUUCACAGGACGUACUUGAUGACGCACGACCAACCUUUGCAAAUCCCUUUGGGGACGAGUUUGACAUUGCGAAAUCUGCACCAAGCAGUGAAGAUGAACAUUCUGGAGAUGAUGAUGACCGUAAUGAGAACGAAAAAGCUCGUCUGGCAAAUUUAAAAAAAGCCAAGAAGGCAAAGGCGCGGAUGUCAGGAGGGAAGCCUGGAUCCGUUGCAGCCUUAGCCCAAAGUUUUGGAUCAAGUAACGCGUUGGACAGCGUAAAUCCUCCUGCAUUGGGACGAAUAGGAAAGCCAAGCAUUCAUACGACACCAGAUCAACCUCUCCCGCCAUCUAUGUCUGAUCGACACAAUAUUCACUCGAAUCCCUUCUCGGAGAUCAUUACCCCACCCUCGCCCCUCGUACGAAUGGAGUCACCUCACCCGAGAGUAACCCAAACCGACGCAGUGCGCCCAGUAUUAUCAACAAGCCCUCAAAAACCCCCUCUUCCACCACGACCGGUUUCUCCAAUGGAUCGACAAACAGCCGUGCGCCGGGCCGCGUCACCAAAUGCUGUCACCCUACUAGACUCUGCACCACCUUUACCCGCGCGUCCUGUUGCUCGAGCUGUAGAAGAGGCCCUUGAAGCAUAUGCUGCAUCCGCGAGUCCCGCCAAUACGGAAGCGCUCUCCGUCAUAGAUGAUAGAUUCGCUGCAUUAAGAGGACGUGAAAAGUUGUACUCUCCCGAUACGGUACACACGAACCGGCGGCCCCCUGUUGCGGAAGGUCUGCCGAACUCAGAUCUGUAUUUGAAAAGUCCCGCUCGGUGUUUCGCCGUAUCUGGAUACUAUGCAUGUACCGGCUCGGAGAAAAUACGAGUGUGGUACAUUCCAAGUGGGGAGAACAUGCGUACGGUUUCUAUUGGCGAGUCUAAAAUGUAUGCUAUGGCCUUUGCACCAACGUAUUAUAUGGAAGAUGAAGGCCGCUAUUUAUGGGUCGCGUUGGAAAAGGGUGAGAUUAUUGAGGUGGACAUCAGCGUUGGGGAGAUUGUAGAUCGGCGAUCGCUUCAUUCUGCAACAGUGACACAUAUGCUGCGGUAUCAUGGGCAACUCUGGACAUUAGAUGAGAAUGGUGGGCUUAAAAUCUGGAGCAUAGACGCAGACCGACAUAGAAUAACCCUACAGCAACGACCACGGGUGAUUAGAGUGAGUUCAAGGCAAACGGUUGCCUUUGCAGCCAAUGGUCGCUUGUGGACUGCAGCGGGCAAGAUGAUCGAAGUGUACCAUCCCACGGAAGAGGCCUCCUCCUGCUUUCAGCAGAGGUUUGACGGAACCCUGACUGCAGGUCACGUCACCUGUUUCGCGGCGACGCGAGAUGGUACAACAGUGUUUUCCGGUCAUGAUGACGGAAAAAUUACAGUGUGGGAUGCAGUGACCCUUGCGAAGAAGCGCAUAGUCAAUGCGGGGAUGUAUCGCGUCACAUCACUUUUAGGAAUCGGGGAGCAGUAUUUAUGGGCGGGAUUCUCUACGGGAAAGAUUUACGUCUACGAUGUCAAACAUAUGGACGGCGGUUGGACUGCCGUCAAAGAGUUUCCUGCGUACCAUUCUGCAAGUGUGGAUGAGCUCGUAAUGGACGAGCGUUCCAUAUUCCUUUCUGGACGCCUUCAAAUUGCCAGUAUGUCCGAUAAUGGCCAGAUCAGAAUGUGGGACGGCUUUUUGACUAGAGAUUGGAUCGAAAAUCAAUUGAGAUUACGUGAACAUGAGUGUUGUACCUACCGCGAUUUAAAGGUCCUUAUUUGUAGUUGGAAUUUAGACGCCAGCAAACCAGCGGAAUUGGAAGAGAGCAGGGUGCCAGAAGAAUACAAUUUCCUGAACAGAUGGCUGACGGUGGCCGACCAACCUGAGAUCAUUGUGAUUGGAUUCCAAGAGCUUGUGGACUUGGAAUCGAAAAAGGUCACUGCAAAGCAAUUGUUGAAGGGGACCAAGAAAUCUCAACAAAGUCAUAUGGAUCAUCGAUUUAAACUGUGGCAAGAGGCGCUGGUGCGUGCAGUGGAUAUGGCACAAUCCAAGGCGCGGUAUCGCGUUGUGGAGUGUCGGCAGCUGGUCGGUCUAUUUCAAUGCGUCUUCAUUAAGGAGACAGAGAUGGGCCGAAUAAAAGAUAUUGCUGUCAACAUGGUGAAAACAGGGUUGAAAGGAUACCAUGGAAACAAGGGCGGCAUUGCAACAAGAUUUGUACUCGAUGACAGUUCUUUCUGCUUUGUCAACUGCCAUCUGGCAGCACAUCAAAACCAAGUGUCGGCACGUAACAAUGACACGGCUACGAUCCUGAAGGAUGCGCACUUCCCCCCUAAACCAUCAUACGAAGGUGUAUUUGUCGGAGGUGGAGACGGAUCAUUGAUCUUGGACCAUGAGAAUGUCUUUUGGUCCGGCGAUCUAAAUUAUCGUAUUGAUCUCGCCCGUGAGCGUGUCGUUGAGCUUGUGGAACAGCAAGAUUGGGCAACGCUCCAGGAACAUGAUCAGCUGAUCCGGCAGAUGAUGACAAAUCCUUCGUUUGGACUUCGAGGGUUCGCGGAGGGGCCGCUAAACUUUGCCCCUACGUUCAAGUAUGAUGUGGGGACGGAUCGGUAUGAUACAAGCGAAAAGCGGCGAGUUCCGAGUUGGUGUGAUCGGGUCCUCUACCGAGGUCCCGACGUCCGCCUCCAGAUCUACACCCGCUUUUCACCAACUAUCAGUGAUCACCGUCCCAUAGCCGCUAGCUUCAUCGUCCGGGUAAAAUCUGCGAACAAUGACCUCUUCGUACCCGUAAAAGGCGACGUGGAUGCGAAACUUCAAUUCUAUCUAUCGCGAGCAAUCGAAAUUGAAAAGAUCCAGUGGCUGUGCGAUGUGAGUGGAUGCUCCCGUGAAGUGGCUAGAACGUGUUUGGGAGAUGUGGGGGGUGAGCUACGUCUGGCCCGAGAUAGGAUCGAAACCAUGGGUUUGGGAUCUGGAGGUUGAAUACUUUCAUUUUACUAUUCUGCGUGUGCACACCGGCCUGGACCCUGGACUGGGAUUUAUUUUUUUUCCUGUAUAUUCAAUUAUUUCAUAUUAUUAUUAUUUGGAGACUAUGUAAUAAUGAAUGCAUUAUUAUGUUCCAACGCA